AAGGGAGGAUGGGCGAGGAAGUGAGGGCACUGAUCCAAGUGAUGAAGAGAAACUGCAGUGAAAGUGAUCUUGAGGCAGUAAACCUGGACAGUUGGCUGAAUGACUUGGAAAGGUUGAAAGUGGCCUUCAAGAAAUGCACUGGAGAGAUGGCCGAAAUGAGCCCAGGGAAAGUCUCUGGUCCUGUGUCUGGCCUCUCUCCUCUUGUGACCUCAGCACCCCGGACCCUGGCUGAAGCCCUACAAGCCCUGCCCUCUGCUGUGGCCCGUCCCUCCCAAAAGGAUGUCCCAAAGCCUCCGACACCUCCAAGCCCUGUCUCUGUCAUUGUUGCUUCGCCUGCUGUGGAGUACUUACCAUACCACCGCAGCCCUCGCCUGGCCCCAAUCACCAACCUGAGUGAGAACGGCAGGAAGCUGCUCCAGAAAAUGUCAGGAGUGACGCCACAGGAAAGGAAGGUCAAAAGGAAAAAGACCAAGGGAAAAAAGCAAGUGAAGAAAGAGAAGGCCAGUAAGAUGCAGCAGGUGGAAAAUGUUGGAGAAACUAAGGAGGACAAGAAAGAUGAAAAGAAGAGUCUGAGGAAGAGGUUUCUCCAGUGGCUGCUGCCCAAACUGAGAUGUUCGAAGAAAUAAUGGCCAACUACUACUACAACACACACACACACACACACACACACACACACACAUACUAUU